AGAGAGAGAAGGGGGGAGGAAAAUAGAAGUGGAGAGAUAAGAGACCCAUUGGAGGUGUUUAUUUAAGUGGUGUCAUGUCUCUGGCACAUACCAACAACAGGGUUUGUCUGAGCUCUCUGUUUUGUGAGAGUCACACAAUACCUUAGACAAGCACAGAGACUGCGGGGGAACAGAAAUAGGGUGCAGAAGGAUCAGUGAGGCUUCCUCUUUUUCUACAUUUUCUCAGUUUGUGUGACAGGGGCCAGCCAUGAGUAAACAGGCAACUCUGGCCACCUGUAUUGCCAAGAUGUAUGAUGGUGGCAGGCUGGAGAACUCUGGAACUCCAUCUGGGACAGUCAAGAAGCCAAAUCCAACUCUGUUAGUUAGCCUGAGCAAUGUGGAGGUCAAGUUAAACACUCUGGAGGGGAAGGUGGAACAGAUCGAACAUACCCAGACGGAGGUGCUUCACAAACUGAGUUCAUUGUGCCAAGGAAUGGAGGCGCUAGAAAGGAGCCUUAAGCAGCAGGGUGGUCAAGAAUCAAAUGUGAUUAAAAAUGGCCAGCGAGAGAGCAACAAACUCCCUUUGCUGAUUGAGGUCAGAUCACUUUGUGGUGAAACUGUGGAUCUGCUUCAUAAUCUCAAGCACGAGAAUCAGGAGCAGAGAAAGAAGAUUGAAUGUAUGGAAAGUUCUUUGUCCACUCUGGAGAAAGUAUUAGGGUAUGUGGGUGAUGCUUUCCGUAACUCAAAAAUAGUGGCGUUCAUUCUCAAUGGUGUGGUGCCUUGGAGGACACAAGGCCUUCUGGACAAUGUGGAGGAAGAGAAAAACAAACCAGAUGACAACAGCAUUAAACCAAACAACAGCUUCUGCCACCAGAGCACACAGACAGAGGAGAUUAAAGAAGUCAUUUCAGCUGAGACUGAACUUCAGCAGACAGAGGUCACUGUUCCCACUGGUCCCAGAAGCCUAUAUUCUCCUGAAGCCCUUAGAGGAGAAAGUGAACCUCUGAUACCUGUUAGUACAGCAGAAAGCUCCAAAGCCUUAAAAAAAGCCAAAGAGGUGACAGUGAAAAGCAGAGCACCUUCGCAGUUCCAGACAUUUGCUCCUGAUGUCCAGCUGGAGGCCGAGGAGAAUGAAGUGCACUAUGUACCCAAACAAGAGACAGACGCUGCGCCAGCUAAUGCUGAAUGUGUCACUGUGACAACAACUAAAGUGCAAAAAGAUUCGGCUCUUCAGCAAGAGAGGUAUCUUGCACAGGCAGAUGCUUCACAGGUUGGUGAGAAGGCUUCACUCAAGUCAAUAGUUCCUGAACAACAAGUGGAGCCGAAGGAUGAGGAUCCUAAAAAACAGGCAGAGGUUUCACAGGCUGGUGAAAAUGUCUCAUUGAAACCAUUCUUUCCUGGACAGCAACAGGAUAAGAAUCUGGAUGUUCCUCACAAACAUCUGCCCUGCACCAAAGAGCCUUUCAAUAAGGGUGUAGAGGUUAAAUCACAACAUGAAAAGACAGUGGAGAGGGUAACACCUGUACCAAAGAGUGAUGAGAGAAUGACAGAAUCUGAACCAGAAAAUAAAACAAUUGAGAAGAUUUUGGAGUCUGACCCAAUGAAGAACUGUGCAGCUCCUAGUUCUCAAAGCACAGCCGUUUUUGAGGAAGUAAAUGCAAAAUCAUCAGCUCUGAGAAAAGCUGAGUCACAGCUACUGAUCAUUGAUGACAGUCCACCUCUUCCAGCCCCGUUUGAGCAUCGCAUCGUCAGUGCCAAGCAGGUUCCCAUGAACACAUAUUAUGCCGUCAAACCCAAUGAGGUGCUGGGCGGAGGCCGUUUUGGACAGGUACACAAGUGUGCUGAACUGUCGUCAGGUCUUAUGUUAGCUGCUAAGAUUAUAAAAGUCCGGGGAAUGAAAGAGAGGGAUGAAGUGAAGAAUGAGAUUGGAGUAAUGAACCAGUUAAACCAUGUGAAUUUGAUUCAGCUGUAUGAUGCUUUUGAGUCUCGGACUAAUCUCACACUCAUUAUGGAAUGUGUGGAGGGUGGUGAAUUGUUUGAACGAAUCAUUGAUGAGAAUUACCAUCUGACGGAGCUGGAUGCCAUCGUGUUUACCAGGCAGAUUUGUGAGGGGGUCCAGUACCUUCACCAGCAGUACAUUCUCCAUUUAGAUCUUAAGCCAGAAAAUAUUUUAUGUGUGAGCAGCACAGGGAAUCAGAUCAAGAUCAUUGACUUUGGACUCGCCAGAAAGUAUAGACCCAGAGAAAAGCUGAAGGUCAACUUUGGAACCCCAGAGUUUCUGGCACCAGAAGUUGUCAACUAUGACUUUGUGUCAUUUCCUACAGACAUGUGGAGUAUUGGUGUCAUCACAUACAUGCUUCUGAGCGGCCUUUCUCCAUUUAUGGGUGACAACGAUACAGAAACCAUGAACAAUAUUCUGCACGCCAAGUGGGAAUUUGAUGCAGAGGCAUUUGAGAAUGUGUCAGAAGAAGCCAAAGACUUCAUUUCCAGCCUUCUUGUGCCCACCAAAUGCAGCCGUAUGAGUGCAUCAGGGUGCAUGAAGCAUAGCUGGCUAAAUAACCUGGAGGACAAGGCCAAGAUGUACAAAGUUCGACUGAAGUCCCAGUUGAGGCUUCAGCGUUACCUCGCUGCUCACCGCCAGUGGAAGAAACAUUUCUUUGCGGUUACUGCAGCAAACAGGUUGAAGAGGUUUCAGCAGAGCAGAUCAAUUAGUACUCCGAAUUAUUAACCUGGAGGAGAGUGUCAGUAGCAUGGGAGGACAUCACAACGUUGCACACUGGAAGAUUGUUGUCUGAAGAUUUGAAUUGGCUUUUUAGAAAGUGUUUUAGAACUUGUUAAAGCGUUUUCUUAAUGUACCUUGUUUGCAACACCAUUGCAUUUAAUUCACACUUCUUUAUCAUGCUCUCACACCAGGAGUGUAUGGCAUGGAUUGCAGGAUGUGCUUUUGAACCACAUGAAAAAGUUUUGUCCCUUCUGUGAAGGCCUUCUUCUUGGGCACUACUGCCUUGUACUAGUAUUUAAAAUUGAGUGCCUUCAUUCUCAUGGUUCAGUAUUUUAUAUUAGUAUAAAAAACAUAGCAUGAAGAUUUGAUGUAGAAACACUGUAUUCAUCCUAUAUUUCUGAUCUUUGUUUAGCAUGUUGAUUAGAACUGGAAUCAGAAUCUGAUUGAGACUCAGCUGGCAUGGAGUUUUUUACUUUUCAAAAUUUGCAUUUACAACCUUUCACUGGCUGUUCCAGAAUAAUUUUAAUGUUAAUACUGUGACUUGAAAUUUUUGCUUUCUAAGAAUUCAUUGCAAUUGCUUUUUUUGUGCAGUUGCACAAAAUUCUUAUGGUAAUAGCAUAACCACAAAGAUAUACAUGAAGGUGGUUCUGCUCUUGGCAUAGCAAAUGGCAUACAAGUACACCGAGAAUUAUAGGGAAGUUCUGUUUGCCAUUUCUCUGUCAUAACUCAUAGAGUGUGCUUAUAUAUUAAUCAUUGUAUUGGGUAUUUUCCAGCAUAAUACAGACUGUCACAAAUUGCCUGAAGAGAAUUAAUCUUUAUUCAUGAAAUAAAAAACCCAAAGAAACUGAGAAAACUUAA